UUUAAUUCCCGGGGGGACAGGAAACGCGUCGCUGCCGUUACACAAAGCAGGAAGGGGGGAGGGAGAAGUCUGGGGGGGUGUCCUGUCCUUAGUCCCCCCCCAAACCCACCCUGUCCAUCCCCCCCCCCCCCAGAUCCAUCUCCCGCUUGGAAAAUACCCCCCCUUCCAAAAAUAACAAAACCCCAACGAUUCGGGCAAUUCGCACAAUUCCCCCGCACUCAAAACCGGGCGGUUCGGGGGUGUCCCUGCUGGGGCUCGCCCUUUUUUUUUUUCUCCCCCUAGAGGUUCCCCUCGCCCAAAUUCCCGUUUUUCCAAGGUUUCCCCCCCACUUUUCCCAGCGUUUUUUCCCCCGCUUUUUUCCCAGUGGCGCAUCCGGCGGGGAAUGGGAUGACGGGACCUUCCUGUUCCCGGCCCCGCGCCCGCCUCGCGCCCGGGGGACACCCCCGCCACGACCCCCCCGCACCCCCGAGCCCGACGGGACCCCCGGAGCCACCCCCGGAGCCCUCCGGAACGCCCCCGGCCCCUCCCCCGCCGCGGAGCCGCCGAGUCCCCGCAGGAGCCUCCAUGGAGCAGGACGAGCCAGACGUGGUGGAGCUGCAGGACUCGGACGAGGGGGACGUGGUCCGGAGGGUCUUCAUAGCCGAUGACGGCAUCGUGAGCGACGGUGAGGCCGAGGUGCUGCCGCACGAGAUCAUCCGCACGGUGAUCCCGCACAGCCCCCUGCGCCCCCCGCCGCCCCGCGGGACCCCCGCCCCGGCCCCGGGGGGCUCCGAGGAGGGCGGGGGGCGGCGGGGCGGGGGCCGCCAGCGCCCCUUCAUCUGCAACGAGUGCGGCAAGAGCUUCAGCCACUGGUCCAAGCUGCUGCGGCACCAGCGCACGCACACGGGCGAGCGGCCCAGCACCUGCGGCGAGUGUGGCAAGAGCUUCUCGCAGAACUCGCACCUGGUGCAGCACCGCCGCACCCACACCGGGGAGAAGCCGUACAGGUGCGGCCACUGCGGCAAGAGCUUCUCCUGGAGCUCCAACCUCAUCCAGCACCAGCGCAUUCACACCGGGGAGCGCCCGUACGGCUGCGCCGAGUGCGGCAAGAGCUUCACGCAGAGCAAGAACCUCAUCAAGCACCAGCGCACCCACGCCGGGCCGGGGGCAGCGCGGCCGCGGCGCUGCGCCCACCCCGCGGGUGCCCCGAGGGCGCUGAAGGGGCCUCGGGCGGGGGGCGAGGGCGAGGGGCCCGCGGGGGCCUCGGGCGGCUGCGGGCAGGAGCCGCUGAUCUGCGUGGAGUGCGGGGAGAGCUUCGCCCGGAGCGCCGCGCUCAGGAGGCACCGCCGGGGCCACCGCCCGCUCUUCGUGCCCUGAGGGAACCCGGGAACGCGGCGGAGAGGGCGCAGGGACAGCGGGGCGCUGUCCUCGCCCCGCUGGGGGCACCGCCCGCUCUUUGUGCCCUGAGGGGCAGGAGGACAGUGGCACCGGGACGUGGGGACACGAUAGUUCGGCACCGCCCGCUCUUUGUGCCCUGAGGGGACACCGCGGUGGGGACGCGAGGACAGUUGGACAAUGUGCUGGCAGCGCCCGCUGUUGGUGACCUGCGGGGACACACAGUGGGCCACCCUGGUGGAGGACACAGGGACUGUGCCACAGGCAGGAGGCGUGGUGCCACCAUGCGAGGAGACGCGGGGAGUGUUUCAUGGGCAGGACGUGGUGACAGAGCUGGCAUCACACGAGUUAUGCCGCAGGCGAGGGGACAUGGUGACACCAGGCUGGGAGGCAGUGCGGGGCACGGUGACACUCAGGACAGAGUGACACAGAACUGAUGUCCCCAAGCCCACCCCCGUGCCCAGGGUCACCCUCGGUGCCCCUCGCUGUUCACUGUCGGUGCCACAUCCCAGAGCUGUAAAUAGGGGAA